AUGUUGUUUUCCAGGUUUGAGAUACUGCGGUUCAAGAAGAGCGAAUCGAAGUUCCUGGUCAGAUACUCUUUCUACUGCAAGCUGCACCCAAAAUUUACCCACAAGCCGUUGCGCCAAAAUGAACCGCUGUUAAAAGUGACACCUUCUUUGAAGAUCUUCCUCCAGGAGGAAUUACCACUAUUCGCCUUGCGCCCUGUUUGCCGGAUGAUGUAUGAUGAAGAUGAGGACUUUUCUGACGUAGAGGAAAUUGCCAAUAUUAGGGGCUUUAAUCUGGAACAGAAACUUGCUAGUGAUGAUUACAACGCAAAUUUUGUCCAGUUGAUGGACGGUAAAGAUUUCACUUAUGAGUACGCUCAGAGAGAGGCAUUAAAGGUGCCUCUAAUUUUCAAAGUCAAAGAUGGCCUGGGAAUCAGAAUGCCAGAUCCUGAGUUCACUGUCAGUGAGAUUAAAGGUCUGGUCGGCAGUCGUCGCUCGGUGGAUGUGAUGGACGUGAGCACUCAGAAGGGCUCAGAGAUGAGCAUGGCUCAGUUUGUUCGCUACUACGAGACGCCAGAGGAAGAGCGGGACAAGCUCUUCAACGUCAUCAGCCUGGAGUUCAGCCACACCAAACUGGAGAACCUCAUCAAGAGGCCCACCGUGGUUGACCUAGUGGACUGGGUGGAUAACAUGUGGCCCUCUAACCUGAAGAAGAGACAAACUGAGGCAACCAACGUCAUCUCAGAGAUGAAGUACCCCAAAGUACAGAGGUACUGCUUGAUGAGCGUCAAGGGCUGCUACACGGACUUCCACAUCGACUUCGGCGGCACGUCAGUCUGGUAUCACGUUUUCAAGGGAGGGAAGGUGUUUUGGCUGGUGCCCCCCACGGCUCACAACCUUGCACUGUACGAGGACUGGGCCCUGUCUGGCAAACAGAGCGACGUCUUCCUGGGAGACCGUGCUGACGGGUGCCAGAGAGUGGAACUCAAGCAGGGCUACACCUUCUUCAUCCCCUCAGGCUGGAUCCACGCCGUCUACACCCCCGAAGACACGCUGGUGUUUGGAGGAAAUAUACUGCACAGCUUCAACAUCCCCAUGCAGCUUAGCAUCUAUGAGAUAGAGAACAGGACCAAGGUUCACUCCAAGUUCCGCUACCCGUUCUACCAUGAGAUGUGCUGGUACGUGCUGGAGAGGUACGUGUACUGCCUGACCAAACGCUGCCACCUUUCCCAGGAGCUACGCAGACCACCGCCGCUAACGGACGUGGAGCCCAAGCCGGGGAUGGACAGCCCCUCCUCCACCUCGCCCCUCCAGGACCUGGACGAGGACUCGUACGAGACGCAAGCCCGGGACGAAUCCGCCCCGGAUGACCCCUACUCUCCCGACAACGGAAAGUGUAAACCAAACGACUCCAACAGCCCUCAGCCCUUCAAAGCAACCGUGUCGUCCGGUGACUGUGAUGACAGUUGUGUCCCCUCAUCCCAGCCUCCGGAGCCUCCCAAAACCCCCUCGGGCUCCCCGGGGCCCGAGUCCCCCAGUAAGUGGACUCACCUGACAGAGUUUGAACUCAAGGGCCUGAGGGCCCUGGUGGAGAAGUUGGAGGCUCUUCCAGAGAACAGGAAAUGUGUCCCGGAGGGAAUAGAGGACCCACAAGCCCUGCUGGAUGACAUGAAGGUCGUGCUGAAAGAACAUGCGGACGAUGACCCCAAAAUGGCCGUCACGGGAGUUCCUGUGGUGUGCUGGCCCAAGAAGUGUGUCAAGCAGCGGCCCGUCAACCGGCCCAAACCCAAGAUGGCGGCGUCCCCCGCCUCGUUGGCGGCGGCUGCGGCGGCGGUGAAGCUGUCGGCCAGCCGCAGCACGUCUGGCGCCCGGCGGAGGAGGACGCGCUGCAGGAAGUGCGAGGCGUGUCUGAGGACCGAGUGCGGAGAGUGCCACUUUUGCAAAGACAUGAAGAAGUUCGGAGGGCCCGGCCGAAUGAAGCAGUCCUGCAUCAUGAGACAGUGCAUCGCGCCGGUGCUACCCCACACUGCCGUCUGCCUCGUCUGUGGAGAGGCCGGGAAGGAGGACACGGUGGAGGACGAGGACGACAAGUUUAACCUCAUGCUCAUGGAGUGCUCCAUCUGCAACGAGAUAGUCCAUCCUGCCUGCCUCAAGGUGAAAGACUCUGGCGGAGUCGUCAACGAUGAGUUGCCAAACUGCUGGGAGUGUCCAAAGUGCAACCAUGCAGGGAAAACGGGGAAAGCUGUCAAGCAAAAAAGAGGACCAGGGUUCAAAUACGCGUCCAACCUUCCAGGGUCUCUACUUAAGGAGCCCCGGCUGGCCCGCGACAUCAAGGAGGAGCCUGACCAGCCCGCGGCGCCCGCGGCGCCGACCGGUACCGCCGCGAUAGCCACCAAGAGGAAGCUGGAGCGGGAGGAAGCCCCCAAGAGGAAGUUGGCGGAGGAGCCCCCCAAGAAACGCCCCCCCAUGCUGUGUCUGGAUGGUAUGCCCCGGACCAAGCUGUGUCUGGAUGGUAUGCCCCGGACCAAGCCUGAGGACAACCCCUUGAGGAAAAAGAGGAAAUUGUUUGACAUCAACGACGAACCUGUCGUCGUAAAGAAAAAGAAGAAGCCUAUAAAGCCUGAGGAUCCUUUAUCUGUCAAAAUGCACCGGCCAAUCAAGACAGAGAUGGAAGAUGAAGACGAUGAAGAGGAGGACAGGUUUACUCUGGGAAGGUUAGCCGUCAAGGAAAAACAAGAGGAGGAAGAGGAGGAAAACGAGGAGGAACCAGAGGAGGAGGAAGAGCAGGAGGAAGAAGAGGAGGAGGAGGAGGAAGAGGAAGAAACAACACCAGAGAAAGACAGAGGAGUAGAGGAGAAAGCCAAGACUGUUUUGAAUCCCCUACUCAGAACCUCUGCGACCAGGGAAAGCGACCAAUCAUCUUCAAGCUCUCCUCGUGCCGGACCGAGCAGCGAAUCGAGCGAUGCCCAGGAGAAGAGCCCCGCCCAGCUGAAGGCUCGACAGCAACGGCGACGCCUCCCCAACAAGGAGCUGAGCAAGGAGCUGAGCAAGGAGCUUAACCUGGAGAUCCAAAAGACCGAGAACUGUUUGGCCAAUCAGAACCGCAGGCCUCUUAAGACAGAGGACAGCCCAGCCAAUCACAACCGAAGACCGCCAAAGACGGAGGACUCACCGGCCAAUCAGAAUCGUCGACCGCUCAAAACAGAAGACUCGAGCACCAAUCACAAUCGCAGGUUGCUAAAGACCGAGGAUGGCCUGGCCAAUCCGAUUCGUCGGCCUUUGAAGAGUGAGGACCGUCCGACCAAUCAGAACCACAGGCCUGUGAAGAUAGAGCCGGAGAGCGAGGGGGAGGAGCCUAAACCCAGGAGGCCGCUCAACAACGGCAGCAGCGACCUCGGAGAUUGGCUCCACCCUAGGGGUCGGGGGGUCAACGGGACCCCCCACGAGCUCACCCCACUGGGGUGGAACCGCAGUCCCCCAAUCACCCCCAUAUGCCCCCGACCCCCCCCAUGUCGGUCGCCCCCCAAGUGCAUCCAGAUGGAACGCCAUGUGAUCCGGCCCCCUCCCAUCAGCCCUCCUCCUGAUAGGCUGCCGCUGGAUGACGGACAGACCCAUGUGAUGAGCAGGGAGGUGUGGAUGGCGGUGUUUGCUCAGCUGAGCCACAGAGACUUGUGUGUCUGCAUGUGCAUCUGCAAGACCUGGAACAGAUGGUGCUGUGACAAGAGGUUGUGGAAGCGCAUCGACCUCAGCCGCUGCAAGUCCAUCACCCCUCUGAUGCUGAGCGGAAUCAUCCGGAGGCAGCCGGUGGUUCUGGACCUCAGCUGGACCAACAUCUCGAAGAAGCAGCUGAGCUGGAUCAUAAACAGGCUACCAGGUCUGCGGGUGCUGCUCCUGUCGGGCUGCUCCUGGGUGGCCGUGUCAGCCCUGUGCACCUCCAGCUGCCCCCUGCUCCGCACCCUGGACGUCCAGUGGGUGGAGGGGCUCAAAGACGCCCAGAUGAGAGACCUGCUGUCCCCCCCGACAGACCACAGGCCAGGUCAGCUGGACAACAGGAGUAAGCUGCGGAACGUGGUGGACCUCCGCCUGUCGGGGCUGGACAUCACGGACGCGUCCCUGCACCUCCUGAUCCGCUCCAUGCCCCUGCUCUCCCGGCUGGACCUCAGCUACUGUAACCACGUGACGGACCAGUCGGUCAACCUGCUGACCACCGCCGGAACCACCACCCGGGACUCGCUCACCGACGUCAACCUGUCAGUGUGUAACCGCGUUACGGACCAAUCUCUGACCUACUUCAAGCGCUGUGGCAGCAUCUGUCAUAUCGACCUGCGCUACUGCAAGCAGGUGACCAGGGAGGGCUGUGAACAGUUCAUAGCAGAGAUGUCUGUGAGCGUGCAGUUUGGACUGCUGGAGGAGAAACUGCUGCAGAAGCUCAGCUAGUGGACAUCUAGGAUCACUGUAAGCACUGGCUCGACUCCACCCUGCUGGGGUUACAUUUGUGGAUGUGAAGUGUCACAAAACAAACUGACCUUGGAAGCUUAGAGAACUGAGGAGACCGGAAGUGGAUGUUGCUGUAGAAUGUGCUGUGUCAUAAUAGAGUUCACAUGCUGCUCAAGUAAAAAUAUAAUUAUUUCCUCCAAAACAACAUUUUCAGCCAGGAAGGCUGUUUUGACAUCCAGCCUUAUGUGAAAUUUGUCAAAGCAUGUUUCAUUAUGUGGUUCCAGUGUGGUUUUUCCCCCCCUCAUUUGCACCAUUUAAAGCUAUUGUUUUUGUACCUAAUGGACUGUUUAACGAAAUGUGUGUAGACACAGGAUUUAUGUUUUGGUGGUUCAUGUUCCCUAUGUUAAAAUGCAGUCUUAAUGCAUUAUACUGAAAUAUUUUUGUAUCAGAAAGUGUUUCAUACUUUUAUGUGCAGCGUUGAAUGCACUAAUGUACAGAACUGUAACAUUUGACAAUAUUCUAUAUCAACAUCUCUGUUUACUCUUGAUCCCUCUGAUGCAGACGCCCUCCACAGGUUUAUACCAUUUCAACUCAUCGCUUGUGCAUUUGAGUGUUUUACAUUUUAUUUAUUUGUGAUAAUUCGUUUGAAGUUGAUGUUUUGUACACAGGUACUUAAUGCUUUUACAUAGGACUAUGUUCUGUACAACUAUUAUCACUUUGGUUUCAUAAUAUCCGAAAACACGUUUUGCACUGUUUGACAUGCAUGGAUGCUGUUGUUUUUCUACAGUAGCCAUAAUGCGUCUAUAGCAAACGGAAAUUGUUCAGUGAAAUUUAAAUUCCCAACGCAAUGUGUUUGUAAGUUCUUUCCAGAAGUGAUUUGACAACCCCGUGCAUGCUGCAGUGGAGCAUUCUGCCUCAUCACAAACAGUUAUCAUUCAUACCAUGAUGAAGGAUAUCACAAAGAGUUAUCAUUCAUACCAUGAAGGAUAUCACAAAGAGUUAUCAUUCAUACCAUGAAGGACAUGCUUCUAUUCAGUUCUCCCUCCAAGUACUAGUGUAAUUUACAUAAAUGGAUAUGAUGCUGUAAAAAUGUAUGGAACGGGGUUGAAAAGUAUCAAAGAUUUGAUAAAGCUAUGUUUUAUAUUAGAAUUUCAGUCAUUAUGUCUAACCUUUACUGUUAUAUUUUAGUACUAGUGACUGGUUUUAAUAGCAUUUACAAUAAUGUGUAAGUUCAGAGGAAAAAAUUGAAUGUGACUUUUAAUCUCAGUGUUAAACUCUACAUUUGGUCAUUUGUUGUCAUGUUGGUCCUUUAUGUUUUAAGCAUUCUGUGCAAUAUGUUAACAACCUGGGAAAUAAGUUUGUAUGUUGGAAUAUAUAUUACUGUUUUUUACACUGAAAUAAAUAUGUUAAGAAUUAUAUAUUUGAAUGCGUUGCUGAAAUAUGGGUGAAUAUUGUUAGCUACAUGGCACAGACUUUUUUUUUUUUUGAGUUACAUAGGCACUAUCUAUGCAAAAUAAUAUACAAUAAUUUGCUUUGUACUUUCAUGGACAGGAAAUCCAAACUGGAGGUGAGCAUGAAAUCAAAAGAGCAAGAUUUUAGCUUACUGGUUUAAUGCACAGUAUUUUAUUAAAUCUAGUAAAUCAUUUUCUUUUAGUUACCAAAAUAAAAAGUUUAACAUUCCAAAAUACAAAGAUCCCAGU